CCGUUCCAGUUCUUCAUAAACCCUCUCCCCCCUUCUUCUUCGGACCGCACUGUCAUUCGCCUUCUUCCCCCGAACAAGAAUUUCUGCCCACCUGCAAAACCUCUCUACAAAAUUUAAACCGCGAUAUCUUCAACCUAAACCCCUGCCAACCAGUAUCGCAUCGGCAGAGACGGUGGCAGGCCUGCCUCUGCACCAACACAAAGAACCUUCGUCACAGAGUACACCGGACUUCAUCAUGUCCAACGACCAGACCAAAACCGAGAGCAUCUCUGUCGAUGCCGGCGCUCCGUCGACGGUCCCCGAUGGAGAACCUGCAGUCGCCCUUUCCUCAUCGCCCGGAGAUCGGCGAGCCAGCACCGAUGAAUGGGACGCCUCCAAGGUACCCCCGAGCCGCUUCCAGAAGCGUAAAGGUUCUAUCUACGCCACACCCGGCUCUCGUGAUGGCCAUGUUGACCGCAAUUAUGCCUCUGGCUUCCACGAGAAGCAUACGGAGAAGGGCUACACAAAGACGCCGUCGAAGUGAAGCGAAUGUCUCCGCUGAGGUUCGAGGAAAGAAACGACCGGCUUGAUAAUCAAUGAUUGCUCGGUUCAAUCACGUUGAGCGAUGCACCCAGCAGACCGAACGUGAGGCUGCAACAUGAUGCCGACGGAGUCUGGGUACGAGAAUCAAUGAGAAAUGAACUCAAACGGAAGGAUCGGAAAUUGGAAACCGUCUCGAUGUCCUGUUGUCUGCACAGUAUUACUUGAAACUAGUCAACCACCGCCGCGCCGAGAAGAAAUUGAUACA